AUGAACGAAUCUGUUGAACCUGCUGCUUCGAGUCAAAUUCAGAGGGCUUUUGUAACAUUAGCAAUUUUUGUGAUCGCUCUUAUCGGUUUUAUUGGCAACUUGGCUGUUUUCAUGUAUGCUACGAAUUUGAAAAUACUUCAAAAUUCAUUCGGACGACUGUCAGCAUCACAAUCAUUUGCUGAAGCUAUACUUUGUGCUGUUUUUCUUUGCUUUUACUGUCCGAUGGUUCUGCUUGUUCGAAACACACGAAUUCUUAUUGGUCUAGCUUAUGCUAUUCCUUGCUUCACAUCUAUCUACAUGCAUUUAGCUCACAACUGUCUACUUCCAUACGUUGAUUUCGGCUGGUACUUUGGUGUGAACACAUCUGUAGAUUGUGACGUCAUCCGAUUCUAUGUAGACUUCUGCAAGGAUUUUAGUGUAGUAGCAGCUAUCGCAGUGAUUGAUAUUGUAACUAUUAUAAUGAUUAAAGUGACAGCAGUCGAAACGGGAGCUGUUUUUGCAGCAGAACUAGUCCUCUUCUUCAUCGUUUCAUCAAAACAAACUCAUCCAGUUUUGAUUUUCUUGUGUACCACUGUUGCAUGGAGUAUGGUUCAUACAAUUGAUCCGUUAGUGUUGAUCCUUUUGAAUCGAGAAUUCAGGAACAUGUUGAUGAAGAAUCCAAUGAGAUGGAGUAGAAACAACAGCAAUAACCGAGUUGCAGCUAGUGGAUGA